CUGUGACGAGGUCGGGGGCGCGUCCGGAGCCUGAGUCCCGCAGGGGGCCCUGGCUCCAUACAGAUUGGGGAGCCUAGGAUAGGCACGCGGGGCCGCAUCUUUGGUGGGAAAGAAUCGGCCUUGGAGUCCGGAGGAGCUGGGUUCGAGUCCCGCUUCUGACACCUACUGGCUGCGGGACCCUGAGAAAGUCACUUAACCUCUCUGUGGCCCACGCAACUCUCUAAGACCGGUUAACCGCUGUUUCAGCAAAUCAUGGGAGAGAUUAAAGUCUCUCCUGAUUAUAACUGGUUCAGGAGUACAGUUCCCCUUAAAAAGAUUAUAGUAGAUGAUGAUGAUAGUAAAGUGUGGUCACUCUAUGAUGCAGGCCCUAGAAGUAUCAGAUGUCCCCUCAUAUUUCUUCCCCCUGUAAGUGGAACUGCAGAUGUGUUUUUCCGGCAGAUUUUGGCAUUGACUGGAUGGGGUUACAGAGUGAUAGCUCUUCAGUAUCCAGUUUAUUGGGACCAUCUUGAGUUCUGUGAUGGAUUCAGAAAACUAUUAGACCAUCUACAACUUGAUAAAGUUCAUCUUUUUGGAGCCUCUUUGGGAGGCUUUUUGGCGCAGAAGUUUGCUGAAUACACUCACAAAUCUCCCAGAGUUCAUUCCCUUAUCCUCUGUAAUUCCUUCAGUGACACCUCUAUCUUUAACCAGACCUGGACUGCAAACAGCUUUUGGUUAAUGCCAGCAUUUAUGCUCAAGAAAAUAGUCCUUGGAAACUUUUCAUCUGGUCCUGUGGAUCCUGUCAUGGCAGAUGCCAUUGAUUUCAUGGUUGACAGGCUAGAAAGUUUGGGUCAAAGUGAAUUGGCUUCUAGGCUUACCUUGAACUGUCAGAAUUCUUAUGUGGAACCUCAUAAAAUUCGGGACAUUCCUGUGACUAUUAUGGACGUAUUUGACCAGAGUGCCCUUUCAACCGAAGCUAAAGAAGAAAUGUACAAAUUAUACCCCAAUGCUAGGAGAGCACAUCUUAAAACUGGAGGCAAUUUUCCUUACCUUUGCAGAAGUGCCGAGGUGAACCUUUACGUACAGAUCCAUUUACUGCAGUUUCACGGAACAAAAUAUGCAGCCAUUGAUCCCUCUAUGGUCAGUGCUGAAGAACUUGAAGUACAAAAGGGAAGCCUUAAUAUCAGUGGUCAAGAAGAGCCAUAGGUUGAGCUGUUUGCAGCUCAACAAUGAAUCGAUCGGCCAGGCUUCCUUCCGGUACAAUCAGGGCUUUCCAAUCUGCCUUUUUGUUUUGGGGUGUGGUUUUUUUUGGUUUUGUUUUUGUUUUUUUGUUAGCCGGUCAUCACUGGGCUUCUGAAACUAGGACUUAUUAUGAAAUAGGAUUAUUCCGUAAAAUUCAUUACUGGUGACAGCUCUCCAAGCCAGUGAAACUGCAUCUUUUUUGGUUUGACUUUUAGCUUUUGAAUUUAAAGGUAUAUCUUUGAAGCCUCCUAUUUUAAGGAUUGUAAAAAUUUUUGCUACCAAAAGUCUUCACCUCUGCAUUUAAGGGAACAUUAAUUUGUGGAGUUUUGGGGGUGUUUUUUUAAUGCUUUAGCUGUAAAUACUGCAAAUCCAGAUUGUGAACUAGAAGCUUAUUGAUUAUUUUUUAAUCUAUUUUUGUUUAAAACGUGUUAAGGUGCCAAGGCUAUCAUCUGCUUCUUUGCUUUAUUUCUAAUCAAAACAAAUUGUUUGGGCUUUUUUAGCUGUCAUCUUGCCAGCUGCCAUAGUCAUUUUGAAUAAAACAUCAGUUUCAAUAA